AUGUCACUGGAUUUCCCUCCGUUGUUUGAGAAUAAUAAUUCAUUUUUCAACAAUCAAAUGUUGAAUGGAAACCCGCCAAAUGUUGGUUCAAAUGGUAUGGGCUAUAAUGCCACAGUCAAUAGUAACGAUCCAAUGGAUGUACUUUCUAUUCCUGAAUCCUUUCAUUUGAAUGAUGAAAUAUUCUUCAAUACUUCCCAGUUUGAUACACAUAUUCCUGGUGAAAUCAACUCAAUCCUGCAACAACUGGUUCGUCCAGAUAACCAUAAUCAGAACCAGUACUACCAACAACAACAACAACAACAACAAAAUCAACAGUCGCACGGAUAUAUCGAUAGUGCCAGCACAAUACGCUCAUUUGAAAGUGAAUUAGUAAGCAAUAUGUCUUCCAACUCAUUGAAUACUUACUUCACUGGUCAACAUACAGCUUCAUCUUCAUCAUCCCUGUCCUUUUCAUCGGGGUCGACGAAUAAUCAAAAUGCUGUUGUCAAUUCCACUGCCUCCAAAAUAGCAGCAACUCCACAACCACAGUUUACAAACCACGGUAGACAUGGUUCUACUUCUGUUCCCAUUGAUCAAUUGACAUUGUUGACUUUGAGAACCCCAACAUCUACCAAACCAGUAAACAACCAGUUGCAACAGAAUCAGUUGAAUGGAUUACAACAACCAAAUUUUGAUAAUUUUUCACCUACUUCUACCAAUCCAUUACAACAACAACAACAGCAACAGCAAGUUCAAUUACCACAACUGUCACAACCACCGCAAGUACCUCAACAACAAUUGAAUCAAAGUUUCCAACCUGGUUUGGCAAAUAAUGUCAAUGUUGAUGCUAGUACUGUCGCUGCUGCUGUUGCUGCUGCCGCGGCAACAGAAAAUAAUGCCGACGCGGAGACCAUAAUCGAAGAAGGAACAAUCAAUCCCCGCCAAUUAUUCAAUAACAAGUUGGUUACGUCGGCAAGUUCUCCAAGCUUGUCAACCUUGUUUUCUAAUGGAAAAGCCCCUGUCGGUGUACCAAUUAACCCUAGUGCUGCUGCUGCUGGUGUCGGUACUGGUGCAAGUGCUGGGCAACAAGUUCCUAUUCAACAUGAAAUCCAACAAGCUCCACCAAUGGCACAACAAGUUGAUCAAGGUCUCUUACAAAACCAAGGAACUAUUGCUCCUCAAACCGCUCAGCGUGUCAAGCACAUGCGAAGUAGUUCUUCUCCUCAAUUUGAUUUCAGAAUGAAUGACGAUUUCUCCAAUGCAAUUACCACUUGGUUUACCAACAAUGCUCCAGAGAGAUUAGAAGAAGAAGCACUGAAGUUGUUUGUCAAUCCUAGUGGCAUACUCAAAAAUAGUAAGAGUAGAACUCAUUCAUAUUCUAGUGGGGUUAUGCAUUCCAGUCGAGGACCAAGUAGAAGAAAUUCAGUCCAAUUGUUGAGUAAUGGUAAUGCUAUUGUCACCAAUGGGUUACCUCAUUCAUUACAAAAUUCACCUGUUGCUUUAUCUUCCGCUCACUUUGAGAAUAUCAAUGAAGAGAAUGACAAUAUCAUUUCUAAUUCAACACCAAUGUCAACUAUUGAAGAUACUAGCAUCAAUACCAACAAUGGUUCAGAACAGAAGAAAAAGAGAAGAAAAAGCUCGGCUAACAUUGCUUCUAUGGACGGUGUGGUCCCAUUACCAGAUUCACCAUCUAUUUCACCAACAUCAUCGAAUGUUACUAAAGAACAAGUACCAAAGAAGCCAGCAGCUACUAAACUGGAAAGAAAAAAGUCUACUCAUUCAGUGGCACUCACACCAAAUGCACAAGGCGCAUUCCCAUGUAAUGAAUGUGAUAAACAAUUCAAACGUUCUGAACAUUUGAAAAGACAUCAACGUUCUGUCCAUUCAAACGAUCGUCCAUUCCCUUGUAAAUAUUGUGAGAAGAAGUUUAGUAGAUCGGAUAAUUUGGCACAGCAUUUGAAGACUCAUACCAAACUCGAUGCUAAUGGUAAUCCUACAAUUGUUUAUGGUAACCCUAGUAACCAUAGCAAAAGAGAUAAGAAGAAGUCAUCUUAA